GCGGUGGGGCCGCGGCGGGCGGGCGGCAUGGCCGGGCGGCGGGUGAACGUGAACGUGGGCGUGCUGGGCCACAUCGACAGCGGCAAGACGGCGCUGGCCCGGGCGCUGAGCACCACGGCCUCCACCGCCGCCUUCGACAAGCAGCCGCAGAGCCGCGAGCGCGGCAUCACGCUCGACCUGGGCUUCUCGUGCUUCUCGGUGCCGCUGCCCGCGCGCCUGCGGUCGGCGCUGCCGGCUGCGCCCGCGGGGUCGGGGCCCGCGCCCGGCGAGCCGCGGCUGCAGGUCACGCUGGUCGACUGCCCCGGGCACGCCUCCCUCAUCCGGACCAUCAUCGGCGGGGCCCAGAUCAUUGAUCUGAUGAUGCUGGUUAUUGAUGUGACCAAAGGAAUGCAGACGCAGUCAGCGGAGUGCCUUGUGAUUGGGCAGAUCGCCUGCCAGAAGCUGGUCGUGGUGCUGAACAAAACAGACCUCUUAGCCGAAGGGAAGAGACAGGCAGCGAUUGAUAAAAUGACCAAGAAAAUGCUGAAGACCCUUGAAAACACCAAGUUCCGAGGUGCACCCAUUAUACCUGUGGCAGCCAAGCCUGGGGGACCAGAGGCCCCGGAAACAGAAGCUCCCCAGGGCAUCUCAGAGCUUAUUGAGCUCCUGACAUCCCAGAUCGACAUCCCAGCAAGAGACCCCUCGGGGCCGUUCCUCAUGUCCGUGGACCACUGUUUCUCCAUCAGAGGUCAAGGCACUGUGAUGACGGGCACCAUCCUCUCGGGCUCUGUCAGCCUCGGCGACAGUGUGGAGAUCCCUGCCCUCAAGGUGGUGAAGAAGGUGAAAUCUAUCCAGAUGUUCCACAUGCCCGUCACUUCAGCCACGCAGGGAGACCGACUAGGCAUCUGUGUCACCCAGUUCGACCCCAAGCUGCUGGAGCGCGGUCUGGUGUGUACCCCUGAGUCCCUGCACACUAUCCAUGCAGCCCUCAUCUCCGUGGAGAAGAUCUCAUAUUUCCGGGGGCCCCUACUGACCAAGGCCAAGUUCCACAUCACUGUGGGCCAUGAGACCGUUAUGGGCCGGCUGAUGUUUUUCAGCCCCGCCCCUGACAGCUUUGACCGGGAGCCUGUGCUGGACUCCUUCGACUUCUCCCGAGAAUACCUCUUCCAGGAGCAGUACCUCUCCAGAGAGGAGGCACCAGCAGCGGCAGAGAGUGGCGAGGCUGACAAGAAGGAGGGCCAGGCCACAGAAGGCCGCUGCCCCCGGCAGCAGUGGGCCCUAGUGGAGUUUGAGAAGCCGGUCACCUGCCCUCGGCUGUGCCUGGUGAUCGGCUCCAGGCUUGAUGCAGACAUUCAUGCCAACUCAUGCCGGCUGGCCUUCCACGGCGUCCUGCUGCACGGGCUGGAGGAUAAGAGCUACACCGAGAGCUUCCUGCCCAGGCUGAAGGUGUAUAAGCUGAAGCACAAGCACGGCCUCGUGGAGCGGGCAAUGGACGACUGCAGCGUGAUCGGCCGUUCUCUGUUCAAGAAGGAGACCAACAUCCAGCUGUUCGUGGGGCUCAAGGUGCAGCUAUCCACGGGGGAGCAGGGGGUCAUCGACAGUGCCUUCGGUCAGAGUGGCAAGUUCAAGAUCCACAUCCCUGGGGGCCUCAGCCCUGAGUCCAAGAAGAUCCUGACACCCUCGCUCAAGAAGCGGGGCCGGGCCGGCCGAGGGGAGGCGGCCAAGCAGGAAGACGGCGCCGAGCGGCCGGAGCCCACGCAGCAUGUAGCGCUCAGCCUGUCUUUCAAGCGCUACGUCUUCGACACCCACAAGCGCAUGGUCCAGUUUCCCUGAACACCCAGUGACCUUCCCCGGGGCCACCUUGCCCGGCCUCAGUGCCAAAUGCCCGACCACAUGUGCCUCGACCUCCCCGGGCCCAGCUCAGCCCCAGUGAGAACCCAGGGUAUUGGGGACAGUGUCACCAGUGCUGGGACCAGGAAGGUCUGUGCCCCAACCCUUGUACCCUCCCCCCAGGGGACAGCCCUCAGGUCCAAUGAGGGGUGGGCCUCCACUGGAGAGCUGGUGACCAGUGUGUCCCAGGCUGCCCGCCUAGUGGCCAUCUGAGAGUCAAUCCCCCCCCACUAUCAAGCAGCUGGACACUCGCCAGCUGCAAUAAAUGUCCCAUGGCCCCCACCGUGCUGCUGGUCUCUUUGAUUUCACCAGGAUCCCCUCAGCUC